AUGGAUGAUGAUUCCAUCUUAAAUUCAGCAUUGUCAACAGAAAAUGCAAACGAUAUAGGCCCAACAUCGAAAAAAUACAAAAUUCGAAAAUGGCUUUCUGUUAUUACUUGUUGCUUAUGCUAUGUUAUUGCAUAUUUCCAUAGAUUUACUCCAGCUGUACUCGCCAAAAUGAUUGCUCCCGAUUUUGGAGUCUCAAUUUCAGACUUAGGAUUUUUCACUUCAAUGUUUUUCUGGUCUUAUGGGCUUUUGCAGCCAUUUGUAGGUUCUCUUGCUGAUGUAUUUGAAAUUCGUUAUACGAUUACAAUUUCAUUAAUAAUUGCAUUAAUUGGUUCAUUAUUAUGCGGACUUGCUCAAACUUUGACGAUGUGUUCCAUAGGAAGGCUUCUUGUAGGUGUUGGUUGUGCCGCAGUAUAUGUUUCAACUAAUAAAGUUGCAGCCAACUGGUUUAAUUAUAAAGAAUUUAGAUUUUUUGCUGGAGCAGUGAUUGGUGUCGGAGGACUCGGAUCAAUAUUAUCUCAAUCACCACUCCAGAUGCUUGGUACCAUCAUUGGUUGGCGAAAAUGCUUCAUUGUUGUUUCAAUUGCCGGAUUAGUUUUUGCCAUCAUGGCUUUUGCCUUUGUAAGAAGUCAUCCUAGUAAAUGUGGUCUAGUUGGUUAUAAUACACUUCCGCCCCGUGGUAAACCUUGCGAUGAAAUUCUUCAAGUUUUCAAGAAUUUGAAGAUGACAGCGAUGAUUCCUGACUUUUGGCUUAUUUCUACAUUAAUGUUCUUUGGUCCAGGAUUUUAUAUGGACGUCACUGGCCUUUACGGAGUUCCAUUUUUAACUGAUGUAUUUCAUUAUUCUAAUUCUGUUGCAUCGAACUGUCAAAUGUCUUUGUCGUUGUCUGUUAUUGUUGGAAGCCCUCUUAUUCCUGUUAUCGCUGAGCUCAUCCACCGGAGAAAGCUGACAAUCAUUAUAUUUGCCAGUAUUUCAAUAACUGCAGCAGCGACUUUAGCAUGUCUAGAUUAUGUUAGCCCUAUUUAUGCAUGUAUACUCUUCUUUUGUUUCGGAUUCGGAUGCACAGGUCCACAAGGAAUUAUGAUGGGAUUCUUCAAAGAACUUUCAUCAGGUCCAUCGCUGGAAGGAACACUUCUCGGUUUCGGAAACUGCUUUAGCUUCAUUGGUGGAAGCAUUUUCCCGCUUUUAACUUCUGGAUUUGUUAAAACAUAUCCUCAUUCAGAGCAUAGCUUGAUGGUUCCAGAAUCAUUGAGGAUAGGAUUGUGGGGUUUAGCUAUUGUUUCUUUAACAAUGUUAAUUUAUUCCACAUUAUUUGUUCGAGAAAGAAAAUGA